AUGGACGUCGAACUCUACGUCUACGACCUCUCCAAGGGCAUGGCCCGACAGAUGUCACGCCAGUUCCUGGGCAUACACAUUGGCGCCGUAUACCACACCGCCGUCGUCUUUGGAGGCGUCGAAUACUUCUUCGGCGCCGGUGUGCAAACAUGUUAUCCAGGCACAACUCAUCACGGCGCCCCGAUGGAGAUAAUACCGUUAGGCCGAACAGACCUCCCGCUCGACGUGAUACUGGAGUACCUGGAGUCACUAAAGCAAAUAUACACCAGGGAGUCUUACGAUCUAUUCCUGCACAACUGCAACAAUUUCUCGAAUGACUUCGCCAUGUUCCUGGUUGGAAGAGGGAUCCCAGACCACAUCACCUCGCUGCCACGGACGGUGCUGAACACGCCCUUCGGCGCGAUGCUGAGGACGCAGAUCGACAGCUCGAUGAGGUCUAUCACGCAAGCUCCUGUGCCGUCGCGGCAGGUCCCUCCAGUCAAGGCGGCCACAGCGAGGGUAACAAAUGGAGCCUCGAACGGGACCUCGAGCAGGAUUUCGAAUGGGACAUCUACCAACGGAGUUCCUAAGACCGCAUCAGCUGCUUCGUUUGCCCCUGGUGAAGUCCACUAUGCGACCACCAUCGAGAAGGUGGACAAGCUACUAGCAUCCGCCAAAGAAAAAUGCGCCAUCAUCUUCUUCACCAGCUCAACCUGCGCGCCCUGCAAAAUCGUCUACCCUGCGUACGACCAGUUAGCUGCAGAAGCCGGCGACAAAGCCGUGUUCAUCAAAAUCGAUUUGAAUUCCUCUGAUCCCCAAAUCGCUUCCCGCUACUCCGUCCGCGCGACCCCGACCUUCAUCACUCUCCUCCGCGGCAUCAAGCAAGAGCAAUGGUCCGGCGCCAACGAAGCCCAGCUGCGCGGAAACGUCCAGCUCCUCCUCUCCGCCGCUUUCCCGCCGCACCCCCACUCAUCUCUGAACCUCACGCACUUCCACCGCGCGAGCCUCCGCCCUGAACUCUUCACGCGGAUUCCCCCGCUCGACAAACUCACCGCCAAGCUCGGCAAAGCGGCCAACGACUCCGCCGUCCUGGCCGUGAGAAGCUUCAUCAGCACGCGCCAGUCCUCCGGCGCCAUCGAGGCUCCACCCCCUGACCUCCCAGCUUUCGGUGCUUUCCUGCGUCGUGCGACGGAGGAGCUGCCCGCCGAGGUCCUGUUCGCGGCGUACGACCUGCUGCGCGUGAGUCUCGUCGACGCGCGCGUAGCUGGUUUCUUCGCCGAGGAGGCCGAGGCGCGGACGCUGCGGUGUCUGGUCGGUCAUGUCAACGCGCUGGGCCAGGGGUGUCCGUACAACCUCCGCAUCGUGACGCUCCAGCUAUCCUGCAAUCUCUUCGCCUCGCCGCUGUUCCGGAAGUUCCUGCUCGCGGAUGCUGAGGUCAGCGAGCUACUGACUACGCUCGUGGCCUCCAGUCUGCUGGACUCGCAGCAUGUGAAUGUGAGGGUGGCGGCUAUGUCGCUGGCGCUGAAUCUCGCGUCCGCCGCGCAUCGUGUGCGCAUGGAGGAGAAGCGAGAAGCGCUGCCUGAGAGCGCUGCGGUGGAGCUUGUGGCGAGCGUGCUGGAGGCGCUGGCGGUGGAGCAGGAGAGUAAGGAGGUUGUGCGGGGGUUGGUGCUUGCUCUGGGUUUCUUGGUUUAUAUGGCGCCUGAAGGGGGCGAGGUGUUGGAUCUGUGCAAGGUUAUGGAUGCGGAGGGGACGGUGAGGGGGAAGGAGGGGUUGAGUGGUGGGGAUGCGGUUGUUAAGGAGGUUGGGAGGGAGAUGCUUGGGAAGGGGCUGAGGACUAAGUAG